UUUUGAAAUGCAUCUGUGAUUCUACUUGCGACCUUAUAUAUUAACUUUUCCCUAAUAGACAUGCUCAGAUUUGAAUAUAGUACGGACGUAAUUUUCCAAAAAUCUUAAUCAAGAAAGGGAAAUGAAUAGAUAGCACUGGAAUACCAGAGUUUAGAAAGAGAGAGUCAUGGCUUCUAAAGAAGUAGGUAGCGAUGGAGAAGAAGUGAUUACAGAGUACGAGAAGCAGAGGCUCAUCAGAAUACAGGAGAACAGAGCCAGGUUGGAGUCUCUAGGCCUGAAAAACCUUGCUUCUUCUCUCUCUAAAACCCAGCCCAAGAAAAAUGUUAAAAAGAGGGCCCCCAUCAAAACGAGUCAUAAGGACGAUGACUACAUUCCCUCUGAGAAUUCUACUGAUGAUGAUGAUGAUGAUGACGACGAUGAUGACCAUGAUUUUGAUGAAGAUAACUGUGUAAUGAAGAUGAGUUCUCGUAAGGCUCAAAAACCCCAAAAGAAAGUACGGUCUCGAAGAGAUGUUCAAGGUAACUUAGAUGAUGACGAUGCUUUGCAGCAGGCAAUUGCUCUCUCAUUAGGAGGCAUUCAAGUGAGUUCCAAUGCAACAGAUAGUGGUUCCCAGCAAAAACUAGAAACAGUUAUGGCUGACAAUAUCCAUGGAUGCAAAAAAGAUACUCCAAAGCAUACACAUAGUGGAAGGAGAAGGAAAAGAACAGAGAACAGGAGCAGAGUACAAAUUACUGAGGAUGAAUUAGUUGGUUACUUUUUCACUAUAGAUGAAUCAGGCAAAGGGGGGAUUACUGUCCGAGACUUGGAGAGGGUUGCAGCUUCUCAUGACUUUCAAUGGACAGACAAGGAGCUAAGCGAUAUGGUUUAUGCCUUCGACACUGAUAGAGAUGGAAAGCUGAGCUUUGAGGAUUUCCGGACAAUAGCAGGUCGAUGCAACAUGAUAAAAGAUGUUUAAUGUGCUCAAUAACAGUUUCACAUCAAUCGGCUGCCUACUUGACCGAUAACAACUUCACAUACUUCAUAAUAAUUAUGAAAAAAAAAUAUUUUGCAAGAAAAGCUGUCCAGAUGGUUGUCAUGUAGACAAUGUAGUUUAUUUUAAUCCGAAUUUCUUGGUUUGUUGUACUAUGAAUUACAGAUAGUGAUUUCAUCUUUUACUUG